AUGAUUAUAGUGUUAAACAUUUUGGGUCUGAUAAUCUUUUUAAAUAUUUAAGGAGUAUUUCAAUUUUUUUAAAAAGAUGCUGAAGAAAAACUUAUUAUGAAUUUUAUUUAUGGAUAAACAAAUUCUUAUAUCCAAAUUUAUUAAAACAACUUAUAGUACAAAAUUACUCAAGGAAUGAAUUCAAUUUAAAAUAUAAAUACAUUGUAUCAGUUGAUUUAAAGAACCAACAUUAAUUUUUAGAGGAAUUAAGAAAAAUGCCUCUAAGAAGAUUAUAUCCAAAAUAGUAUUAUUAAUUAUUGUCAAUAUUGCUAUGGAAAUUUUGAUUGUUCUAAAGAAAUUCUUAAAAAAAAUUAAUAUCUUGAAGAAUUUCAAAAACUUUCAAAUUUACUUUCAACAACUUUAGCUUAUUAAAUAGAACUAAAUAUCUAUUUUACAUCUAUAUCUAGUGAUUGUUAUUUUUCUACAUGUCCUGGAUCUAAUUUUACUGGCUAUGUACCCUCAUCAAGAAAAUGGUUUUAAAAUCAUUUAGAAUUAAUGAAUUCUUAUAACUUCAUUAUUUCUGAACCAUAUGCAAAUUUUUUAGGAGGUGUUUACAUCUCAGGAACAACUAGUAUAUAUGAUUAAAAUGAAAAUAUAAUAGGAAUAGGGGCUAUAGAUCUUAAUUUCUCUUCUUUUUAUUAAUUUAAUUAUGAUGAUUUAGAUUUACUUGUCAUUGAUAAAACUGGAAGAAUAUUAAUAAGCCAUUAUUAUACACCAUAAACAACUGAAGUUUAUUUUCUUUAAAAUGAAUCUAUUUUUGGAUUUAAUUAAACAGAUGUGGAUCAAAUAAUCAAAUAGAAUUAAUCACAAGAAAAUUGCCAACUUGAUAUUCCCAAUACAAUUUGUCUCAUUAAUAAAAAAUAAAAUGAAUUAUGGUACAUCAGAUAAAAGAGAGUUACAAAUGAAUACUAUAUUUUAUUGAAGUUCAAUUCUUAAGCUUAUAUUAAUUAUAUUACUCUUCUAAAAAAUAUGAUUAAUGAAAUGUAUUAAUAAUUGCUUAAAUAACUUAUAUUAGGAUUAUUAUUAACAGUUUUCAUUAGUUUAUGUAUCCAUUUAAUAUCAUUUCUCUUACUUUAGAAGCCUAUUGAUAGAUUAGUAAAUAGUUUUAAUAAAUAUUUACUAAAAGGAAAAUAAAUUAAUUCUAUUAUAUUUAGUAAUAACAGUCAAGAUCAAUUAGAUAAACUAUCUAAUGCAUUUCUUAGAUUGACAAAUAAAUAUAAAUUUAAUGAGAGUGACAGAAAAACAAUAAUAAGCUAAAAUUAAUAAGAAUCUCAAUAUCCAGUAAAUUAUUAUGUGAAUUCUAAAAUUAUGAAUAAUUAGAAUCGGCAUUCGUUAUAUGUAAUAUAUUAAAUUAUUUCAUAAAGAUUUUUGAAACUUAAAAAUAGAAACAUAUAUAUGUUCAAUAAUUUUUUGAUCUUUACAGAUAAAAAAACUAUAAAUUAGAAUUAUGA